AUGGCCGAGUCUAGCGAGUCCAAGCCGACAAUCCCGGUUGCGCGCUCAACCAAGCCCGUGAGCGAGGCUCUUCUCAAUGAGAAGUGGGACCGUGCCAUCUCGUCCGUGAUUGUUCGCUCUUCAAUCGGCCUUGGAUUCGGUGUUGUUCUUUCAGUUCUCCUCUUCAAGCGAAGGGCUUGGCCUGCCUGGGUUGGUCUUGGUUUUGGCGCUGGUCGCGCUUAUGAAGAAGCCGAUUCCGGCUUCCGACGAGGCGAUAGUCCAGUUACAAAUGCUGUGCGUCAGUCCAGGUCAUGA